UAAGAACUUUUAUUAUUUAUUGUAACAUUCAGGGAGAAACUUUAUGAAAAUGAUUUAGUAUAUUCAUGUACCUAUGAUAGAAUUUCUUCUGACGCACAACUAUUUAUUAUAGUGUCCUCAGUCACCCAAGAAACACAGGGGUCAAUAAAGUAUACCAAAGUAUACUGGAAGUGCUCGGUAACACACCACUUGUCAAACUUAACAAAAUACCUAAGGAUCAUGGACUCGAGUGUGAAAUGUAUGCAAAAUGCGAAUUUUUCAACCCAGCUGGGUCGACCAAGGACCGAGUCGCAUACGCAAUGAUGAAGGACGCAGCAACACACGGAGCCAUUAACGAGAACACUGUUUUUGUGGAACCUACCUCUGGCAAUACUGGUAUCGCCGUUGCGUUCAAUGCUACGCUUAGGGGAAAUAAGAGCAUAUUAGUCGUGUCGGUAAAAGAUUCAAAUGAAAAAGUCAACACGAUGCGUCUGCUAGGCGCCGAAGUGAUACAAGUGAAAAGUGGUGUAUCUGAUAUAGAGAUUGCACAUGAAAUUAAGGAUGACGACCCUGAUGUUAGAGUUAUGUUGGAUCAGUUCGACAAUGACGUCAACCCUCGCACCCACUAUGAGCACACGGGUGAAGAGAUCCACGAGGCUUUGGGCCCGGUCGACUUGGCGGUGAUGGGUGCCGGCACCGGCGGCACUAUCACUGGCAUUUCUUACAAACUGAAGGAAUACAACCCCAAUUGUAUCGUGAUAAUCGCCGAACCUGACGGCUCAGUUCUAUUCAACAAAAAUGGGGAAAGACAUCCAUUUCUGGUAGAAGGAGUCACUGGAUCAUCAAAAGCUCCUAUAGUUUUGGAUAAAUCCAUAGUGGAUGCAUAUGAAGUAAUCACCGAUGAGGAAUCUUUUCUAAUGGCACGAGAAUUGUGUAAAAAAGAAGGACUGCUGUGCGGCGGAAGCAGUGGCCUUAUUACUGCCGCUGCUGUUAAGGCUGCAAAAAGACUGAAGCUGAAGGCCGGCCAACGUGUGGUGGUGGUCUUGCCGGACGGGAUCCGUAACUACAUGACCAAGUUUGUUACUGACCAGUGGAUGGAGGCCUAUCGUUUCCUGGAGCCGCCUCAACAUCAUAUGAAAUGGUGGUCACAGCCGGUAUCAGAUAUGCCGGAAAGAAAGAUUAUCAAAGUUGAGCAAAAUACUACCUGCAACGAUGUUUAUUCACAAUUUAUAAGAGAAAGUGUUGACAAUGCGCUUGUAGUCGAUAGAAAUGGAUAUUUAGUAGGAGUUGCUUCUUUUGAUGGUUUUAGGACUUAUGCCACAAACCCUACCAAGGUGCCCGGUAAGAAAACGAAUGAACUAGACUUUUCAGAGAAAGUUGUAAAAUAUUUGGUUAAGGAUACCUAUAAAUUGGCUCUCAACGACAAGAAAGGUAUGCCGACUGUCGGGCUCUUGUCAAGGGUGCUAGACAUAGCACCAUUUGUGGUUGUCGGAACCGAAAUCGAUAGAGAUCGCUUCAGACCAAAUGCCUUGUAUACGGCAAAAGAUGUACUGGUUUAUAUUCAUAAGUUCAGUGAGGUACUUUAAUAAUACAAUUUGCGUGGCAACUACAAACGAAAUGGCAUUCCCAAUGGAAAUAUUACUGAGAAAUAUUUAAUUAAUAAUAAUCUGAUUUUAUUUAAUAAAUGAAACUGCAAUAUAACCAUGUACCUAUUUUAUUUCUUAUCAUUUAUAUUAUUGGGUAUUAAUAUUACCUUAAUGCCGAUUUUCAUACUGUUUUCAAACCACAUGUUACUAUUAAUUAAAUAAAUCAAAGCUUUACUCGCUUUUUUUUAUUCCUUAUUAUUGAAACUAAAUAAUAAUUUUUCAAAAUCAAUGACGAACAGCGAACAUUAAUAUUUUUUCUUGCAUUAAAGAAUUCAUUUGUUUUUUAACACGCUUUUAUUAGUGAAAUGAACAAACCAAAUUGAUCUCCGCAAAUGAUAAAACGAUGAUACAAGUUGAAGAAUUAUAUUUUUUUUAAUAAAAGCAGAAAAUUAAGCUAACAGAAAGAAAUGGGUAAAAAGAACAGACAACGUCAAAAAACAACCAAAGAGUAAAAAACUACAUCAGCUAUCAAAAUAGCAAAGAGGUCGGCAACAUCCUCCCCCUCGUGCAGCUAAGCACAAACUGGUUAUGCAAACCAAGGUCAGUCAAGGCCUUAGGUGGAAAGCCUAACUAGUUUUCGCACGGGUCCGCGUAGCAUUCCUCCUGCUGUUGCAACGUCCACUACCCCUAUUACGCCAUCUUUCCCAGGGUACACUUUCGCAACACGUCCUCGUGGCCAUGUUCCGCGGGGCAAGUUAAAGUCAGCAAUAAUUACUACGUCACCCUCUUGAAGAGCUGUUGAACUGCGGUUGGCUCUUGACUGCUCACGUGGUUGUAGGGUCGGGAGAACCUCUCGCAUCCAACGCGACCAAAAAUGAUCCGCUAGCCUCAAUGCUUUCCUCCAUUCGGAACGGCUGACCAAAUCGUGAUCAUUCAAGGCAGUAGGUAGGGUCUGCACGGACGAAGAACCGAUUAAGAAAUGAAAUGGUGAGAGUGUUGUCGGGUCGUCAGGAUCUGUAGAUACAUGAGUUAAUGGACGUGAAUUGACAAUGGCUUCUGCCUCGGCUAGUAAACUGCUCAGGGUUUCUUCUUUUGGAGCUCGUUCGGUUAAUGUUGCGUUCAGAGCCACCUUUACUGUUCGCACCAAGCGCUCCCAACAUCCUCCAAAAUUAGGUGCGGCAGGCGGGGUGAACUUCCAGAGUAUUCCUUGAGUGCUUGUGAAAUCUUCGACAUUUUCUCCGUAGAACUCUCUGAGAAUGCGAUUGGCACCAACAAAGCAGGUUCCGUUGUCCGAGAAAAUAGUGUUUGGAGAGCCCCGUCUUGCAAUGAAUCUUCUAAUAGCCAUGAUAGCAGAGUCAGUCGAUAGACUAUGUUCCAUCUCUAGGUGAAGGGCUCUGACAGUUAAACAGGUGAAAAGGGCUACAUAACGUUUUUCAUGCCUGCGCCCGAUAGUGACGCUUACGGGGCCGAAGUAGUCCAGGCCCGUAAAAGAAAAGGGUCGUCGAUGGUGAGCUAAUCUUUCAGGUGGCAGAUCUCCUGUUUUCGGGUUCACCGGCAAGGACUUUCUUAUUCUGCAGAGUAGACACUGUUUUGCUACUGUUCUCACUGUGUUCCUCAGCCUUAACAACCAAAAAUUUUUGCCUUAAUUCGUUCACGACUAGUUCAUAAUUUGCGUGACCCGCUUUUCGAUGAUAUAAUUGUACCAAUAAACGUACAAUUGGGUGACGACCAUCAAGAAGAAUGGGGAAGCGUGUGUCAGGGUCAAUGUCUUCUGCGGCUUUAAUUCUUCUGGUUAACCGCAGUAAUUUGUCCUCUCCCAAAGCGGGUGACAGUUUUCUGAGACGACUGUUCGGAGGAAUAGGCUUCGAGUUCAGGAUAUGAAGAAAUUCUAUGGAAAAGCUCUCGAGCUGUGUUCGUUGCAGAAUUUGCCUUUCAGCGGCCUUUAUUAAAUCCGCACUAAGAAGUGGUAGAGUAGUGGACGCUGAAGGAUGGCGGGAACAAACAACUUCGCCUUUCAAUUUGGAAUUUCUAAUGGAAGCCAAAAUUGCACCAAACUUUGCCGCAGCUUGAAGUACCC